CGGUGAUACGCACGAGACCUGUUUAGUGCUGUCGCGUUGUGAUUGGCCGAGACAAUUCACCUCCAGCAGACCAGGAAAUAGUAAAGAACUCUAAGAAUGGCUACAAUAAAUAUAUUAGAAAAUGUCAUAUCAACAGUUGACGAUAGGACACAAAAACCUGAACGGUUCCUAAGUUUACAAGAAGAUGUUGCCGAUGAGUUUCAGAAGUGUGUAAAAAUUUUGUAUGAUUUUACCAAAGAGGAGUCAGAAAAGGAAAACAGUGCUUUGCCGACGCUCAUAACAAAUGGCUUUGAUGAAGAGCAAAUCUGGCAACAAAUAGAAUUGCAAAAUGGAGCUGAAUGGAGUCGUUUGUUAAAGAAUGUGUCAAUAGCAUUAGCAUCAACUGGUUUGUUAACUCUACCUAUCAGUGUGAAAAAAAAUGAAACUAUAUCUGAUAAUAAUGAAAGUGAAGAUUGUGCAGUUUCUGAUGUACCAGAAAAUGAGUCCGAGGUACAUGAUACGAUAGCGGAAGAAAAGGUAGAAACUACACGUGUUAAUAAGAAGCGUAAGCAAAAGUCAUCGAUAGUGGAUGACAAGUUUUUUAAAUUACAAGAAUUAGAUGAGUAUUUAAAAAAAGAGGACAGGAAAGAAUUACACACUAAAGCAGAGAGUACGGAUGAGUCCGAUGACGAAUCGGUUGACUAUUUCAAUGAUUUUUCUGAAGAAGAACAGAAGGAGGCAGAAGAUGCAAGGCUCGUAAAAUAUGCAUCCUUUUUUGACAGUCCGGAAAGAGAUGUUGCAAAUGUAGAAAAUAAUAUAGAGAAUUCUAUCAAUGAAGAUGACGAUAAAAUGCAAUUAGGCUCAGACAUUAGUGAAGAUGAUGCUUUUUCAGAAAAGAAUACCGAAGUAGGGACUACUCAAACCAAACGUGUGAAAUUCAGUUUAACAAAUGCUUCAGAUGACUCUGAUAGUGCAGAGGAAAAUAAAAAUGAAAAUGAAGAAAAUACGAAUUUGGUGUCUAAAUCUUCGCUCGAGGCUCGUCAGGAUAGAUUGAAGAAAAAAAUUAAAGAGCUGGAAGAAGAAGCUCUUACCGAAAAACCAUGGCAAUUAAAAGGAGAAGUAAAUGCAGUUAGUAGACCAUAUAAUUCUCUUCUUCAAGAGUAUGUAGAAUUUGAUGUCGCAACACGUCCACCUCCACUAAUCACGGAACAAACUACAGUUAGACUUGAAGACAUAAUAAAACAAAGGAUAAAAGAUAAAGCAUGGGACGACGUAGAAAAGAAAUUUAAACCCAUAGAAACACCCCUAGAGUAUAAAAAGAAAUUAGUUAUGGAUCAAGAAAAAAGUAAACGUAGUUUAGCCCAAAUUUACGAGGAGGAGUAUCUAAAACAGAAGCAAGCACUUGAUCCUGAACAUGAAGAAAAAGAAGAAGAAGAACCCAAAGCACAUACUGAAAUUCGAGAGAAGAUGAAAACUUUAUUUGCACAACUGGACGCUUUGUCAAACUACCACUUUACUCCGAAAAUGGCCAAGCCAGAUGUUAAGAUUGUUAGUAACAUUCCUGCUAUUAACAUGGAAGAAGUUGCUCCAGUGGCUACCAGUGACAUGACCCUUCUUGCUCCGGAAGAAAUUAAGGACAAACCACGCGGUGAUAUUAUUGGGAAGUCUGAACGAACCGAUGCAGAUAAAAAACGUGAACGACGUCAGAAGAAACUUAAGCAACGCAAACAUUAUAAAGCUAAGGAGGAAAGAAAGGAAACCGAUGACAUUAAACCAAGCCUUAAGAAUAAGCUGAAGAAAAAUAAAUUAAACAGCGCGAAAGCGAAAUUAAGCAAAGCGCGUAACGUACUAAAAAUGAACGAAUCAACUCAGAAAGUGUCAAAAUCUUCUACUGCAUUCUUUAAUCAGUUGCAGGAUCAAGUGCGAAGUCAAAUAAAAUCGAAAGCACCUAAAGUGACCAAAAAUGAUCAAAAUACAUUAUCGGCGGUUAAACUAAAACUGUAGAAAUUCUUUGCCAGAUAAAAUACACUUUUUGUUUUAAUUUCACAUUAUGGUUGAAGGAAUAAUAUGAUUUAUGUGCCUUCUGUUGAAUUACUAUUUAUUUUGAUUUCUCCUGCAUUCAUGAAAAUUCUAUCACGUAACGUGGUGAGAUGCUGUGGGUAUUAGUAAUGAAAUGACGGGUCUCAAAUUAGAGAGAGUUACAUCACGUAAAAAUUGCUGUACUGUACUUAGUAGAGUAAGAGAAACGCGCAUUAUUCACAAAUUAAAUUUCCUUGCUCUGCAUCGCUGCCAAUUUUUGCACAGAGUAGUCGCAAGCAUUGCGAUAAGAAGUUUCCAUGUUUCAAUGAAAUAAUGUUCUUGAUUUCUAAUGAUAUGCUAUAAUUUUGUUCAAUUUCUCAUUUAGAACACACUAAACAUAUACAAAAACACCACUUCGCACAUGGUUGCUUACAAAUACAGUCACCUUUAGACGCAAAGUUAUCUAUAUAUUUUUUUUCCUCAAGAGUACCUAAAAAUGGUGUCUUGUACAGAGAAGCAAAGUGAAUUACAUAAUUUUGUACAUCGUCAAGUUCGAGCAGCUUUCGUCGAAUGUUGAGUAGUGAUUGCACGGUUUAUAAUUACAAAACUUAUAAUUAAAAUAAUUAAGCUAGUCUUAGACGUCUAAUGAUAAGAUUAUAUUAAAAUUAUGAUGAAUUACGUAGAUUCAA